CUAUCGCGCUCGAUGACACACACACACAUAUAUAAAGACCCUGCGGGUAGCCCGUCUCCUGGGUCUCUGUCACAUCAAGCACAAGUUCCUCAAGAGAUCACAGCAAGUUUCCCUCGAAACACUACAAGCUCGCGCCGGUAUUCAAUAUGGCAAACACCCGCCCCCAACCCCCCUUCUGGGAGUUCACGCAGUCCUUUGGUCCUAAUGGGCCUGCUCAAUCGUUUGGUCCGAACCACCCCUCCGGAGCUGGUAUCGGGGUCGACCAUACCAAUGCUGGCCCCCCUUUCCCCCCCGGUUUCCCCUUCCAGGGCGCCCAGUUCAACCCGUGGACGGGCUAUGGCUGGGGACAUCACGGGUGGCAUGGCUGGCAUGGCGAUCGCCCCGACAGAGAUCCACAGCCCUCCGAUAAGGAGAAGGGCAAAAAUGACGACGACGAGACUGAGAGCUCUCCAGAUACUAUGAGACCUACGCCCGAUGAGUCGGUAAAUGGUGACGCCCCGCCACCGCCUUUUUCGGGAGCGUUCCCCAACCGACCGCCUCCUCCUCCGCACCAUGACCCGAAUCAUCAUCACCCUCCACCCUUCGGCGGCCCCUGGUCGCAUCCGUUCGGCCACCACCGGGGCCGAGGCGGUCGGGGCGACCGCGGGGGCCGACGCGGACCCCACCCGGAGCCGCCGAGCUUCGACUCGCCUUUCGACAUGCGGCCGUGGAUGCAGACGUUCGCCAACCAUCCGUUCGCCCAAGCGGUCAAGAGCUUUGUGGACCAAGCUCAAUCAAGAGCCUCAGGCGCUCCAGGCGGCUCGAAUGAGCAGAAUGCCGAUUCCUUCACGCCGCCCGUCGACGUAUUCAACACCGAGGCGGCCUACAUCCUGCACGUGUCUCUGCCGGGCGCGACGAAGGAGGACGUCGGCAUGAACUGGGACGGCGAGAAGGUCAACAUCGCUGGCGUGAUCUAUCGCAGCGGCACCGAGGAGUUCCUCCAGUCCAUGGUCUCGAGCGAGAGGACGGUGGGGAUGUUCGAGAGAAGCAUCAAACUACCGCCGGCUGGAGACGACGAAAAGGAGAUUGACGGCCUCAACAUCACGGCCAAAUUAGAGAACGGCGUCUUGGUCGUCACGGUGCCUAAGACGGAGAAGGAGUGGACGCAAAUCCAUAAGGUUGACAUCGAGUGAAGUGACGACUCGGUUGUGGCGCCGGGUUGCUCUGGAAACCGGUGGGCGAGGAGUGGGAAGGGGAGGAACAGGGGGUGGAAGAAGUAGUGACGAGCUGGGUAAGCUGGGUAAGCUGGGCACAACCUCUCGAGGUGAGCGGCGACAGGGGAAUGGAUGACGGGGUAUAGAUAGCAUACAUGGCUCUAGCCGACAGAAUGCAAAUUAGAGAAUCGUUUCUUUUUUUUUUUGAGCCAAAUCGGCCCACGUCGCGUUUAAUAGCUAACCACA